AUGUAUAAAAAUGUUAAAUUUAUUCUGUGUAAUGGCCAGAACAUUACGUAUCAGCAACCUACCGGGUACCGUGAAGUGAAAACGGAUUUAAACGAGGUUGAUCCAAAACAACGUAUGGAACGUAGCGAGUUAUCACUUAGUUUUCAUAACCUAAUAAAAAGAGAUGAACAACUCUACAGUUACACAAACUACGGCAUGGACCAACCAACACCCACACCGACGGGGGAUUGUUUACAUGGAAUAUGGCAAAAUUUGGAUUCCCUGACACCGACUGGCGUGGACUCCGACUUCGAUGAAAGUCUCGCUGUUCCAGAGUCCUUAUCAGUCAUUGACAUUGAAAAGGUCAACAAUAAAGAAGAAACGGAUGCUUCUGAACAAUCAGUGCCAUAUAAAGCUAUCCACGCUCCAGCUAUAAAAUUUAACUCUAUUCAAAGAAAGGUCUUCAUACCGGGCGUUCCGAUAAAAGUCAGAUUCGUUGAGAACGAGAGAAGCGUCACAACACAUUUACUUAAUCCAAAUUUGUACACAAUAAAUCUCCAACAUGGCGACUUCACGUGGACAAUUAAAAAGCGGUACAAACACAUCCUAAAUCUCCACCAACAGCUGACAUUGUACAGAGCGUCACUUAAAAUACCUUUCCCAACAAAGACACACAAGUCUAGAAGAGCCAGUUUCAAGAAUACAGUUAACACUGAAGAAGAAGCGGAACAGGUCGCCUUACAAGCGAUUCCACGGAGUAAUUCUAAGCGACGCGAAGGUAGACCGAGAAAAAGGAAAGGGGCAUUACCGAGAUUUCCUAGAAAGCCCGAAGUGAUGGUAACCUACGAAGGAAUACAGCUACGUAUGAAACAACUCGAGGAAUACCUGUACAACCUACUUAAUAUAUCUAUCUACAGAAACCACCAUGAAACUGUGAAAUUCCUUGAAGUUUCAAACCUAUCGUUCAUAUCGGAACUGGGUACGAAAGGCAAGGAGGGUCUGAUAGAGAAGCGGACGGGCUCCACGCAGCCCGGUCAAGCCGGAUGUAACUGUUUUGGGUUAUUAGGGAACAUGGUCUGUGUGAGAUUUAAUUAUUUCUGCACUGCUCUAGUUUGUGCGAAAUGGCAAGAGAGAUGGUUGUUCGUAAAAGACACAUUCUUUGGCUACAUUCGACCAAGCGAUGGCAUUAUUAAGGGCGUCAUGUUAUUUGAUCAAGGGUUUGAAGUAUCGAGUGGCUUAUAUUCGACUGGACUAAACAAUGGACUUCAAAUAUUAAACCAAAGCAGGCAAAUGGUCAUAAAGUGUUGGACCAAGAGACAGAGCAAAGAAUGGAUGCACUUUUUGAAGACUGUUUCUAAUCAGUCUGCCCGUGACUUCACACACCCGAACGUACACCAAUCGUUCGCCCCCCCUCGAACUGGAACCCCCUCCGCUGCCCUUGUGGAUGGCUCUGCCUAUCUAUCAGCCGUGGCGGACGCCAUGGAACUGGCAAAGGAAGAGAUCUUUAUAGCGGACUGGUGGCUGAGUCCGGAGAUAUAUAUGAAGAGACCGGCCUUGAAUGGGGAUUAUUGGAGGCUGGAUAGCAUUCUGAAGAGAAAAGCGGCUCAAGGUGUGAAGGUGUUCGUGUUGCUGUACAAGGAGGUGGAGUUGGCUCUCGGUAUCAACAGUUUCUACAGUAAAAGUAGAUUAGCUAAUGAGAAUAUUAAGGUUUUCAGACAUCCAGACCAUGCUAAAAUAGGCGUGUUCUUCUGGGCCCAUCACGAGAAAAUCGUUGUUGUGGACCAAACCAUUGCGUUUUUAGGUGGUAUUGAUCUCUGCUAUGGAAGAUGGGACGAUCAUAAACAUAGGUUAACAGACCUCGGUAACAUAUCGCAACCCCAUACCUCGAUAAAGACUAAGAAAAAAACAUCAAGUUCACCUGGAGGGGGGAUAUACUUAAACCACGGGAACGGCUUAGAAGCUGCCAUUGAACUUGCUAAGUCGUCCAGAGACGUCGUCAUUGGACUCAAUGUACCCAUACAAGAAAUUACAGAAGAAAAUAAAGAAUCGGAAGAAUCUGAAAAAGAUGAUUCAAAAACAGAAGAUAUCAAACCUAAACCAACUUUAGAACCCGAAGACCACUUACUACAAAUAAGUACACAGGUGGACCCAAACGCAGAUAGUGAUACCAAGAAAAACGUUCUAAACAAACUAACAGACAGGGGAAAGGAUUUCAUUAGCAUUAUAUACCCACCGUAUGAAGAAGAGAGAAAUGAGCAGAAAUUUGAUGAUUCAGAGAGAAAAAAAGCAGAAAAAUACGCAAGGUCCAACGAUGAAGUAUUACUAACAGAUGCACUAGGUAUUAGACCUAGGUCGUUGGUCGAACCUACACCCUUAGCUCAGGUCACUGAAGGUAGAGUGAUAACGGAAAGUACAAAGAAAGCUCUAGAAGGAAUAGAAGGGAAUUCUAAAUUGUGGAUCGGGAAGGAUUACGUCAAUUUUAUUGUUAAGGAUUUCAAUAGUUUGGAUAUGCCCUUCGUGGAUCUAGUAGAUAGGAACACGACACCCCGGAUGCCCUGGCACGACAUCGGAGUGAUGGUCCAAGGGGCGGCCGCUAGGGAUGUCGCCAGACACUUCAUACAAAGGUGGAACGCUAUCAAAUUGGAAAAGGCGAGACAAAACAUGAAUUAUCCGUAUCUCCUGCCAAAAGCGUACAGCAAUAUCAAACCUUUGAAAGAUCUGGAGCAUAUUCUCAAUGUCGACAUGAUUAAGACAUCUUGUCAGGUUCUGCGGAGUGUAUCGAGCUGGUCUUGCGGGUUUUUGGACCCCGCCACUGUGGAACAAAGCAUCCAUGAAGCCUACGUGGACACCAUCACUCGCUCACAGCACUACGUCUACAUCGAGAACCAGUUCUUCAUUACGCUGGCUAGGACCAACCUCUCCGUCCGGAAUCAGAUAAGCGAGGCGCUGUUCAACCGUAUAAUGCGCGCGCACCGCGCCCGAGAGACGUUCCGGGUGUUCGUGGUGAUGCCGCUGCUGCCGGCCUUCGAGGGCGAGCUGGGCGCGCCGUCCGGCACCUCGCUGCACGCCGUCACGCACUGGAACUACCGGAGCAUCUGCCGAAGUAAAGAAGCAAUCCUGACUCGUCUCUAUGAAGAAGGUGUAGAAGAUCCUUCGGAGUACAUAACCUUCCACGGUCUAAGGACACACUCGGUGUUGGAUGGAGAGCCGGUUACGGAACUAGUGUAUGUGCAUUCGAAGCUGUUGAUUGUUGAUGACCGGUUCAUUAUCUGCGGCAGUGCCAAUAUCAACGAUAGAUCUAUGAUUGGUAAACGGGAUUCGGAAAUAGCUGUGCUUUUACAGGAUGAAGAAUUUGAAGACGGCACAAUAAACGAGAAACCGUUCCCUUGCGGUAAGCUCGCUGGUUCGCUGAGGAAGCGUUUGUUCAGAGAACACUUAGGUCUAAUGGAGGAAGAUGUUUUGAAAAUCGGUAUCAACCUGGACGAUCCGUGUUGUGAGAAGUUCUAUAAGAACGUAUGGCAGGUGACGUCGAAGCGAAACACUGAGAUAUAUGAAGAGGUGUUCCACGUUCUACCAACGGACGCAGUGCAUACAUUCGCAGAGCUAAAGAAGUAUCAAGAAGAGAAUAGUACGACACUAUGGCAUACAGAUGCGGCAUUAGCCAAUAGGAAGAUAGACCUCAUCCAGGGUUAUCUCGUAGACAUGCCACUGCAAUUCCUGUGCAAUGAGACACUCACCCCCCGGAACACCUCCAUGGAAGGCAUGAUGCCUACCGCCCUGUGGACAUAGAAAAAUCGAAAUUAAGAAAUAAUUCUCUUACCACCGUAAAUUGCAUACACUGAUAAUUGUGUUUGCUCGCAAACGAAGUAAUAUAACGUGGGUAGACGAAAAAAAUAUCAAGUAAAUACG